UAUCAAGAAUAUUACGUCCAAAACAUUGGCACAUAAACCAAAAUGACCACCGUCACCAUAGCCUUGACAAUUUUCUUUCUUGUGUUCGGCUCUGCGGUGCCGCGUGGCUCCGCCGAGCAGUGCGGUAGGCAAGCUGGUGGUGCGUUGUGCCCGUGCGGCCAGUGCUGCAGCCGGUACGGGUAUUGCGGCACUGCGCCCGAGUACUGCCUCGCUGGCUGCCAGGGUCAGUGUGGCGGAGGCGAAGGUGGAGGAGUUGGGGAUAUAGGCAGCCUGAUGUCGAGGGACACCUUCAAUCAGCUGCUCAAGCACCGGAACGAUGCAGGCUGCCCCGCCAAGGGGUUCUACACAUACGAUGCUUUCGUUAAGGCAGCCAAGGCGUUUCCCGCCUUUGGCGCAACUGGGGAUACCGCUGCCAGGAAGAGGGAAAUCGCGGCCUUCUUGGCUCAGACAUCUCAUGAAACCACAGGUGGUUGGGCCAGUGCACCAGACGGACCAUACGCUUGGGGGUAUUGCUAUCAUAAGGAACAGAACCCGAGCACAUAUUGCUCUCCCAACCCGACCUAUCCGUGUGCACCCGGGAAGCAAUACUACGGCCGUGGCCCGAUCCAAAUUUCAUGGAACUACAACUACGGAAGAUGUGGAAAAGCCAUAGGGGUGGACCUCCUGAAGAACCCGGACCUAGUUGCGACCGACCCGGUGGUUUCCUUUAAGACGGCCAUCUGGUUCUGGAUGACCCCCCAGUCCCCGAAGCCUUCCUGCCAUGACGUCAUCACGGGCAAGUGGAAGCCAUCCGGAGCGGACAAGUCGGCAGGCAGGAACCCGGGAUACGGAACCAUAACCAACAUCAUCAACGGCGGCCUCGAGUGUGGCAAGGGCCAGAACCCUAAGGUCGCAGACCGGAUCGGGUUCUACAAGAGGUACUGCGACAUCCUCAAGGUCGGGUACGGCAGCAACCUCGACUGCUACAACCAGAAGCCCUUCGGGUCCAGAGCCUCCCUCUUGGCCCUCGUGGUCGAUAGCAUGUAGGCUAAUCGACUUAUAACGCCUGUUUCCGGCUCCCUUGUACGGGGGUGAUAUAAUGUAUAAUUCCCGUUUUAACAAAGCCGACGGGCACUAGCCUAACGUGUGUGAGGUGCAUCCUCUGUGUAAUUACCGUGUUGCAGUGAGCUUAAUGAAUAAGAAGAGUCCUUCAUGUGGGUAAAUUGAGUCA